AUGGACCGCAUCAAGAAACAACAAUUGAAAAAACCUCUCCUCCUCUGGUUGCAAGGUGGGCCCGGAAAAUCGUCACUAUUCGGCCAGUUCCUUGAAAAUGGGCCCCUGGGAAUCAACGCUUCCGGGGGAUUAUAUUAUAGAAAUCAUAGCCUGACCGAAGAGUUCAACGUUGUCUACUUGGAUCAACCUGUAGGAUCGGGAUUCAGUUUCGACGAACGAAAAGAGUAUCCCUCUACACUUGAUGAGGCAACUACACACGUCAUGAGAUUCCUGAGGCGCUUACUGCGGCUUUUUCCUGAAUUCUACGGACGAAGUUUCUACAUCGCCGGAGAGUCGUACGGAGCACGAUCGGCCAUUGCAAUAGCACAGAGAGUGUUGACACGGAACUUUUGGCAGCUUCCACUGCGUCUAAAGGGAGUUAUGCUUGGCGUCGGCUUUCUCUUUCCGCUAUUAGAAUUAAUUAACUCAACCGAUUACCUUUACUACUCUGGACUGCUCGACGAUUACGGCCAAAGUUUGUUUGCCAAACGAUUUGACCAUAUUCAAGGCCUCGUAAAAGCUAAGAAUUAUACCCUAGCGGCUGCGUUGCUGAGCCAAACCGUUCUCAAUUUGCGGUCCGGCAAGAACGCAAGCUUAUUUCAAAAUCUAACCGGUUUCAAGCACCACGGAAGUAUCAUAAGGCCUGACAGACCCCCAGAAGUUAUAGAAUAUAUGAAAUACGCAAACAGUGAAGAUUUCAAGAAGAUAAUCCACGUAAAUACUUCCAGGCAACUAGAUGGCACGCGGAUGGCGAUAGCAACACAACUAGCUGUAGGAGAUUUUUUCGUCGACCAUAACGAAACGUUACUGUCUGUUAUCAACAAUAGGCACGCGCUUUUAUACACAGCACAGUUGGACGCUGUGUUUCCGGCUGUAAACAUUGAACGCUGCUUCGAAAACCUGGACUGGCGAGGUAAGAAGCACUUUAAAGAGGCUAAGCGCACUUUCUGGCACCGAGACGGUAAUUCUUCACUCGAGGUGCUCGGUUACGAGAAAAGAGCUGGCGCAGUGAUGUUUAACACCGUGCUCGCUGCUGGCCAUUAUGUGUCCUUUGAUCAAUCACCUGCAAUAAGCUAUUUGUAUAGCCGGUUCUUGAAUUUCACCAAAAUGAAGCCUCCUGACGCUAGCAAGGACGCGUCACCAUCCGCAACAGAUAAUGUGUCCAGGUGCAUCGAAUAGGCUCUGCAAGUUAUGUGAGAAAUAAACAAUGGUUGUGUGCUUAAAAACCGCGUUAAUACAUGGUGCUCGCUAUAAAGAUUCUUUUUUGUCGUUUGAGUGAGUUUGGCGUGACCUUAAAGCCCUUUCGGCGCAGUUUGCAUAUAAAUGCUACAUUCUGUCAUUAAAAACAAAGUAGAAUUCAGCAAAUAAGCAGGCGCAUGUAAGAGGAACUAAAUAACAAAGGUAAAUGAUUCCUCCACUUAUCUAUUGUAAACAAGAUGUGUCGUGUUUGACGUCACCGACUCUGGGCCUCUGCCCGCCAUCCACAGAACCGUUUGUGAAAAGGCUGAGAUAACCUCUUAACUUACAGCCUUCCUCAGAACAGCAAGCAAUGAACUUUUCACGAAGGUUCAAUAUCUACGGGUGUUGCAAAUUCGAAGCAGUUCUUGUAACAUGAUCCAGUGUUUAAGAAAUUGAUCAUACGGGCGAACGUUUACUACUGGGUUCAGCGAAACUAGUAGCCCUCCUGUUUUUUUCGAUAAUUUAUUCCCUCUAAAUUUAUAC